AUGUUGUGGGAAGCAUUCGAAGAAGAAGCAAGGAAGGGGUCAAAGAAACGGAAAGUUGAUAUUGUUCUCGAUAAAGACCAUCGAAUCAAUAAUGAACAUGCAUCAACAUAUAUUUCACAUCGAACUCGAAUAAUCGAUGAAGCCAUAGGGAAAGUUAAAGUACAUAGUAUCAUAGAUCCUACAGAUCUUCUGACUGGAGGUCAUGUAAGAUUUGGGUUCACAUGUCCUGUUUGUUCCUUUUCAUUCAAAGAUAACCUUGCACUUAUUGAUCAUAUCAACUCUCCGCAACAUUUAGCUAAAGUGAAGCACCUCUCUAGAAAAAACAAAUCACAUGACAAUGAUGAUGAUGACGACGACGAAGAUACAACUGAAGAACUUGAAGGUGGUAUUCGACGGGCAACGUUGGCUCAUGUGAUCAACACUAUGGAAGCAAUGGUAGAAAAACAAAUUAAAGACCGUACACCAGAUGAAUUAGUUUCUAUCCAAGAACGGAUCGAGCGUCGGAAACGUUUUGAGCUUGAAUGGAAGGAGAAACGACGGAGACGUAGAGCCAAGAAUAAGAAACUCAAGAACAAGAAGCAACUUAGUGAGGAUUCUGAAUCAGACAAUGAAAUUGCUAGAACCAUGGGAUUCCUGGCAUUUGGAGAUAAAUAA